UUAUUCAUAUACGUUACUCUAUAGUGACUUGAGAUGUUAUUGUUUAUGGUCCAUUGAAUAUCAGUAAGACCAGUAAAAUUUCGAUCCAUUCGAUCGACAGUCUCGUGAGCGUGAACUUGAUCGCGUAUUACAAACUCAAAAUGAAAAAUCUAUCUUUGUGCAUCUUACUUAUAAUUUUGCUUCAAAGCAACGUCUUCGGUGUCUCCUCCGAAGAUGCAGAGCCUCGCUUACAGGAUUGUGAAUAUCCAAUGGCGUGCUUCCAGCAGGGAAAAGUGAUAGAUACCGAUGCCAAGGGAAGCCCGCUCUUUCUCACGUCCAUGAUCGAGAAGAAUCAAAUCAACGAGGCUCGCGCUGCGGCCGAAGUAACUCACGACGAUUUCCAUGGCCUUAAAAGUUACUCUGGCUUCCUUACCGUGGACAAACGUUACGGCUCGCAUAUGUUUUUCUGGUACUAUCCAGCUCUGAUUAGUCCCAAAGCCCCAGUGAUACUGUGGCUGCACGGAGGACCCGGUGACUCGGGACUUUUUGGACUCUUUGCCGAACACGGCCCGUACAUCGUCGACGAUGAUUCUCGAUUGGGAGUUCGGAACGUGUCUUGGAAUCUGCAUCACAACAUCCUCUACAUCGACAAUCCAGUUGGAAGCGGCUUCAGCUUCACCAAUCACGAAUCCGGCCUCUCUCGCAACCUCGAGAACGUCGUGUUCAAUCUCUACGAGGCGUUGUCGCAAUUCUUCAAGCUUUUCCCCCAACUCGAGAACAACAAAUUCUACAUCUGCGGCGAGUCGUACGCCGGAAAAUUCGUAACGGCGCUUGCGCACAGCAUCAAACUUCAAAACGAUCGAGAAGGAGGCAUGACAAUUAAUCUAAAGGGAAUUGCCGUCGGCAACGGAUUGGUCAAUCCUUUGAAGCAGUUCAAUUACCAACAAGAUGGAUACACGGUUGGUUUCUUGGAUGCAACCAAUAUAUACGGUAAAAAAGAAAGCUUCAAGAACAUCGAGGACUUUGUCCAUUAUUUGAUUCGCGAGGGUAAUCACGAAGUUGCUUAUGCUGCCUUUAAACAUUUGAUGGAGCCUCGCGAUAAACAUCAUCAGUCGCCUUUCCCAAGUCUCGUGACGACAGACUUCAAGCAUAACUUCAUCGAUUUUCUCAACCGACCGGAAAUACGACGUGCUUUGCAUGUCGGCGAUCUGGAAUUUUACGGAAAAUCGAACGUCGACAAACACAUGGACCAAGAUCUAUUCAAGUCCGAGGACGAGCAUUUGGUCAAUCUACUGGAAGACGACGUUCGAGUACUGUUUUACAACGGAGCCCUGGACAAGAUCGCGUCUUACAACGCGACGAAUGAGUAUCUUAUGGGUUUGAAUUGGAGUCGCGCCGAUGAGUUCAGACGAUCUCCGAGAAAGGAGUGGCGAGUCGCCGGUGAAUUGGCUGGUUACGCAAAGGAGGGAGGAAAUUUGAAGCACGUGCUCGUCCUGAAUGCUGGACAGCAUGUGCCAGACGAUCAGCCUUUCUGGAUGUGGGAUCUUAUAACUGCUUUCACCUACGCCAACUAGACAAAUAUUUUUACGUUCAAGUUUUUUACUGUCUCAAAAUAAUUCAUUUUUAUUCACUGUAAAUGCACCGUUGACACUGUCAAUAGACGAAAAUAUGUACAUUGCACGCGCGUGCAUUAUUGCGCGCUGAUAAAUUCAGCCAUGAUAAGUUUUUGAUUAUUUAAAAAUGAUAUGAUAAUCGUACAAAAAUUGUUCGCAGUCUUUCCAUCGUUAUGUAUCACUGAGUUGUAUAUACUUGUAAUAAAAUUAAUCUAAAUAGGGUAAAAUAAA